GGCCUCGAGCCGCGCGCGCUUGAGGGUUGUUUCGCCGCCGGCCAGGGCCGUGUGGGGGUCUCGGCGGUGUCCCGCGGCCUGGGAGCUGGCAGCUGCUGGGAGGAGACGGUUGGAGGUGACCGGAAGGGACCGGAGGGCCGUGCGCGCGGCGUUGUGGUGGCGUCACCAUGCCGGGCAGCGCAGAAACCAGCACUGCGCGUCAUGGACAGCGGAAGGGCAAGAGGCCAAGGUCUCUGGAAACCAAGAAGACUAAACAAUUUGAAGAGAUGGAAACUACUCACCUAGGAUUGAAGAGUAACUAUAAUGAGACAGCCAGAAACAUUUCUUCUGGCUCACAGAAGAGUACAGUGAAUGGAAGAGCAGAGUCCAGAAGCAAGCGGACCAUUCGCCGGCCUGCUUACUGGCUGGAGAUGAGGGGCAUAAAAAACAAUGUGAACAAAUCUUCAGAUGAAAAAGCAGAAGUGCUUUUGAAAGGCAAGAGGAAAUCUGUGCACCGGGAAAGUGAAGAUCUUAAAGACCCUCCCAAGAAGAAGCAGAAGAUUUCUGGAAAAAAGCGGCAAUUGGGAGCACAACAGAACUCCAAAACAAAAAGCCACUAUGUUCGGAAGGAACCAGAAACCUAUGGCACAGGUAGUAGAGAAGAGCAGUGGUCUUUGGAAAUUCAGGACAAAGGUCGAGUUACUUGUCCUACGUGCCGGGCUGUGGUGAGAAAGACUGUAGAAGGACUGAAGAAACAUAUGGCAAAUUGCAGACAGGAAACAUUCACAUGUCAUCAUUGUGGGAAACAGCUGAAGUCUUUAGGAGGAAUGAAAUACCAUGUCAUGGCAGACCACAACAGUCAGCCAGUCGUGAAGGAAGGAGGAGAAUUGGAUGAGCAGCUUGAGCGAGACCGCCUUCGGAAGGUUUUGAAGCGUAUGGGAAAGCUGAAGUGUACAAGGGAGGGCUGCACAGGCAGCUUCACUAGCAUAAUGGGAUACCUGUAUCACAUUAAAAAAUGUGGGAAGACUGCAUCUGAGCUGGAGAAAAUAGCAAUGAAGUGCCAUCAUUGUGAAAAAGCAUACAGAUCAAAGGCAGGACUUGUAUACCAUCUUCGAGCUAAGCAUGGGCCGGUCAACUUCCUCCAUGAAGAAAGAACAGAGAGCCUGAAAGAUGCAAAAUGGGAGCAAAGUGGUACAGGUAGAGUUCAGAGGAGAUCUGCGAAGGUGGCAAUCUACUAUCUCCAUGAGCUAGCUGGAGAAGAGCUGGCCAAAGAGUGGCCCAAGAGAAGAGUGCUGCAGGACUUGAUUCCAGAUGAUAGGAAGCUGAAAUAUACCCGUCCUGGACUGCCCACGUUUAGUCAAGAUGUGCUGUGCAAAUGGAAGACAGAAAUAAAGAUGUACCGAAGAGUCCACUGUCCAAAUCAGGGUUGUGAAUCUGCGUACGGCACUCUCUCAGGACUCAAAUCUCACCUCGGCACAUGUACCUUGGGAGAUUUUGUGGCUGGCAAAUACAAGUGUCUCCUGUGUGAGAAAGAGUUCAUUUCAGAGAGUGGAGUCAAGUAUCACAUCAACUCUGCACACGCUGAGGACUGGUUUGAUAUGAACACAAAUACCACCAAAAGCUUUGAGAAACUAAUGAAAAUCCGCCAAAGAGAAGAGCAGAGGAAGCAACGGAAGAAACAUCCUUUGACCCAAGGCAAAAAGAAGAGAACUGGCUCCUUGGCUACUAAGAAGCUCCCCAGUGCUGGAGCUGAGAAAACGAGAAGUAAGAGAGGCCAUCCAAAGCGAGUGGGCAAUGAGAACAAGAGAAGUGAGGAAAUGGAACCUCAAGUUGCACAGAGAGACAAAUUUCCAAAAUCCAGCCACAAGCGAGGCCGGAAAUAAACCCUAGGAGAAGGGAAGGAGUAAUCCUAAAUCUUUUCAGUUACAAGCUGCAUUUCUGUCAGUCUCAUAACCCACAGCCUCAUAACCCACAGGAUUCAAGAUGGUACAUAUCUACAAUUGCAGCGUUGGUAAUGCUGCAGCCUAGAACCCAUUGAGCUGCCUUGCCCAAGUGCAAUGUGCUUUGUCACGCUCACACUUCCAUAGUGUCCUUUUCUCUGCAAGUGAGUACUGUAGAUGCCUUCUUUGUUACAUUACAUAUUUCUUUUCAAUACUACUUCUGUUACGUGGAUGAGAUAUUUUAGCAGUGGCUUCCCUGCAUGGGAAAGAACAGAAGAAGUGGGUUCGCUUUUUCUUUUUUUAAUAUUAAGUCACAUGUUGGUAUGAAUUCUGGGUCGUAGGGGAUAUCUUCUUGUGCUCCAGAAAUGCGUCAGGUAUGAUAGAAACUAGCAUGAAGCAGCAGCACGGGCAGUGCUACUUUGUCUGUUAGAGAAUGUAUUUUCCAGAACCUCUGUUAUCCAAAGACCCAGUAUCCCAGGAAGGUGCAAAAUUUGACCUUUUUCUUGCAGGUUUGCUAGCAGAAUAGACAGGUGGCUCCAUGCUGUUUUCCUGUGAACUUUCCCAGGCUAACAAAACAGGCAGCUGAUGCUGAAAUUCACAGGAAAGCCAUUGCAGUGCCUGGUGAACAGGCAGAUUUAUAAAUGCUUGUUACUGCCAGAAGCACAUUGGCCCUGGUAGUGGGAAGCACUAUGGCCAGGGUGUUCUUGAGGGCUGCCUAUGCACUAAGCAAAGCUGUAAGUAGUGAGACAGCACACAGUGCUCCAUUGUGAUUGAUGUAGUGGUUGCACUGCUUUUUUUUUUAAACCAGCUGUCACUCUGGUUGCAGUACUGCACCAGAAGUAUAAAUAUGUGGGCUUCUGUGCAGGGUGUACAAGGCUUGCAGCCAGAGGGGCAAAAUAAAAACGUCACCAGUGUGAGAAUGUGGUUUCUUGUCCGUUUGGUGUGUGGUGUUCUUGGCACCAUCCCUACCUGCACAACACACCCCAGGCUGCUCGCUUGGUUGUCGUGCAUACUAACUGAUGCUAUUCAUUUAUCCACCCCAUUCCUCCUCACUGCUGCCCUCUGCACAACUGUGCUUUGACCACGUUUACUGCCUUACUGAUGGGCAGCAAGAUAAGCCCCUGCAUUAAAGGAGGCCUUCCUUAGUGGGUUUUGGUCUAUAGUUCUGUUUGCUGUCACUUUUAAGCUAUUAAUCAGCCUUGCUUUCUAGAUAUGGGUACUUCUUUGCGACCAUCUGGAUUUUGUAUUUAGGUCAAGAUUGUAUUCCCCACAUUACGUGGUGUGUGGGGGAAAAAAUCAUUAUCCAAGAGUCCAUCCAUGACCUCUUCAUUCUCAGCUCUGUGUUAGGGCAGCUCAUCUGCUGUCUUGACUCAAGCUGAUAAAAGUUGGUGGUGCUGUUUCUGAGAGAAGUAAUCUGUUUAGGAGCACCUGCUUCCUGCUGUAGGUGAACUCUAAGGCAGGCUAUCCAGCAUGCAUGCAGCGUACUGCUUGGAGGCAUGGGAAAAUCCAGACUCAAAGAAGGGACUGAAAGUUGGGAAUUCACAUUUGUCACGUGGAUCUAGGCUUAAGAACAUACAAAAUUUGUACUACAGCCUACCAUGUUAAGGUGUACUGUUCAAGCACCCAGAGUCUACUGUUCACUCCUUUGUCAACGGUUCAGUUAGCCCAGCCUUCUGCAAAUCCAGGUCAAAAACUCUACCCCAGCAUAUUUGCCCUGGUGGUUACAAAUAGUAUUUGAGCAUGUAUAUAUUUAGAAAGAGAUCGGUUUCAGUGUGAACGAAGUGACAGAAGAGACCAGCUGGUCACCGAGUAGUUGUUCCUGUGAUUCAUUACUCCAAAAGCAAUGUGCCUUACUUCUCAUUGGGAUUGUUUUCAGUUUCAGCUUCUGCAUCUCCUGUUACUCAAUCCUAGUAAGUCAAAUAGCCUUUACAGUAUGGGAAGUUUCUUCCUGCGUAUUUUCGGUCCUAAAUAACUCCAUGUAAUUUUCUAUAUGAGCUAAAGAGGUUUUCUAGUCUCAGUCAAAAUGGUUUUCUUUUGUUGUUGUUCUGAUUGUUGCUGACGUUUUAUGUAUUUAGCAGUGUAGAGACAGGAAACAGAAACCAAAUGAAGUGUUCUGUAACAGUCUUUCUAACAUAGAAUGCAAUGAUGAUAUUGCUGUGUUCUUGGCUCUCUUUUUUUCAGCCCCACAACUGUUUCAUUACGCUGUUUAUGUUCACUUUGCAAUCUGCUCUAUUAAAUAUCGUUUUCAGUUCUGGAAUUUGGUUGGAGGGCCUAUUUCCUUUGUUUCCAGGGGUAGACUUGCAGGGUUUCAGUCCAGACAGCAUAUCAUCAACUGCCCUGUCCUCUGUACAACACUACGAUACGUAGUGGGAAGUGCAUACAGAGGCUGUAAUUCAGUGUGGUUUUGCUUGAGCCACUCUUUGAGAUAACGUUGUUGUAUAAUUUCUCACUGCUUUCAUUUUCCAUCAGCUUUUUUACCCUGCAGAUUUGCAUUGUAAUUGUUUUAUAUUUUCAUUAGUAUUGUUGUUAAAAUAUAUAUCAGAUAGCUGCAGACUCUGGCAAUCUCUGGAACAAAUCCUUAUUUACAAGUAUUUAGUAAUGAGCAUUUGAGAUACUGCACGGAUACUUGUAUAGCAUAUGGGCAAGAACAACGCCUUACAGAAGCUGACCAUGUCAAUAGCUACUUUUACCAACCCAGACUUGUAAUUUAAUUAAAAAAUGUUUACAGAAA